AUGGCGGCCAGCGGAUUGGAGGCGCAACAUUUGAUCCCGAGUUUGAUGGUGCCAAAAAUUUGCCGAACCAGCCACUUCUUCGACUUCAAUCAAUCGAGAACACCAUUGCCCCCAUCGUCCUUGAUCCCCAAGGUCACGAUGCUUUGCGUCGUUGUCAGCCUGCGCAGUGAUUCUGACAAGUCCCGGCUGGCCCCGGGCAGCAGUUCCAUACACUGCCAGGUAACUACUCAUACCGCAAACCUCGAAGGAACAGGAGAUAUCUUCUCUGGCACCUCGCCAGCCGUGCAGUGGUUCGAACAGUACUCGUGGCUCCUCACCGUCAUCGUGGCAGCGGUUGGCUGGCUGCAAACAUGGCCGCUCGCCAGGUUCACGCUCAAAGUCGACCAGCAUUACCAAUACGUGGCAGACCGGCGCUACACAGGUGGCAUCCUGCCUUCCAUCUUCCGCGCCCGCGACCCAAGCCUGGCAAAACGGACGAUAUGGCCGGCCUUCCUGGCGCACCGGUCCGCCAUCAAGUGCACACCACGCCUCGUCGUCGGCUGCGCGGCCAUGGACCAGGGCGUCUCCUCCCAGCUCGAGGACCUCGAGGACGCGCAGCCGGCAACGAAGCUGACGUACCUCAUCUGGGCCGUGCAGCUGGUCAGCACGGUGUGGCUCUUCCUCCAGGUCUGCCUUGUCUGGACGAGAGGCGUCGUGGUGCCCGUCGUUACUAGCCCAAUUUAUGCGCCAGUGAUCCACGACUGGGCGGCCCGGCAGCUGACGCAGGUGCUUGCGGCGACGACGGUCAACAGAGGCACGUGGGCCAUCGCCGUCGCCGGGUCGUUCCUGGCGUGGGGCGCGCCGGCCUGGCUGUAUCUGACCACGGUCAUCGCUACCAUGGUCGAGCUCGCGUGUCUGUGCCGGGCGGCCGUCAUCGCGCGCGACUCGUACGCUUUCAACCAGUCGCUGUCGUUCCUUCAGCGCGACGCCGCGAAGGUGCGCGAACCGAUCUACAUGUUCGCAGUCGGCUUCCCCUUCGUUGCGGUGGUGCUGGAAGCUGGCGUUCUUGUUUACGGCUAUAUCGCGGCCCUUUUCAAGAUCAAAUUCCUCCACCCGCUCGUGGGCUUUGCCUUUUUCGGCGUCUGGUUGUUCUUUGCCCCGCUCUUUACUAUUAUAGCUAAUAUAGGAAAUCCUCGUGAACAGUAG